GAUCCGUCCCCUCGCUUGGAUUACAGGUCGCUCAUGGACUUGAUGAAAGACCUGGGAAGUCGUUGGGAAAAACCGACCAUCACCAACCCACACGUCAAUACCGCCUCGUUCCCGUUAUUUUACAAGGAUGACGCCCAGACCGCAAAGUAUCUGUCGGAGGCGUCGAACAUGAUUGAGCGGAUCGCACAGUUGACGAGUGAUAGCGGGUCGUCCUAG